GCAGUGUUCUUGAAGUCAAUGCGAUGUUAAAUUGUGUGGGAACGUAUAACUUUCUGCAAUAGAUCUCAAAACAUUAACAGAUAUGUCAAAGCAACAUAAAAAGGGACCAAAGAUAGCUAGCAAACAACUGAAGGAGUUGCGAAAGACGUUUGAGAUGUUUGACCGGGACGGGGACGGGCGCAUAUCGGCGUCCGAGCUGGGCCACGCCUUCCGGGUCCAGGGACAGAUCAUUCCAGACGCUGAGAUCAGGAACAUCAUUAAGGAGGUUGACGACGACGGUAACGGUCAGAUCGACUUCGAGGAGUUUGUCAGCCUGAUGACAACAAAAACCCAGGAGGCGCGUGCGCAGAUAUCACGUGACGAAGCCGAACUGAGGGAGGCAUUCAAAGUAUUCGAUCAAAACGGAGAUGGUAAGAUCAGCUGUAAGGAGCUUAAAGCUGUGCUGAGUUCUAUCGGCGAGAAGAUGACGGAGAGAGAUUUUGCUGACCUCAUCCGGGAGGCGGACAUGGAUGGAGACGGAUCCAUCAGCUUCGAAGAAUUUUCCAAAGUCAUAGCUAACAAAUUUAUGUAGAGGAGUCUACUUACGAUGACAUAUAUACGAAGGACCUACGAAAUGUUGCCAAAUGCGUGACUAUUUAAUCAUUUUUGAUACUGUAUAAGAGUGUUAAUGCGUGUGAACAGUUUUAGACGUACUUAUUUGUAUUGUUUGACAACGUUAUUCUUUAUACUGGAAUACAAGUGCACAUCAGGGUGAUCUCCCUUGGCAUUUUCUAUUUUAUUUCUAUUUUUUAUAUGUUUAAGAUGUAUUAUAAUAAAACUGAAGACCUCUUUAUUUAUCGUUAGAGUCUUACGACCGGAAUUUUUGAUAGAUUAUGUGUUUAAAUGCAAUUCAUAGUUUAGCACGCCUGUACUUUAACGGUAAGAUCGAUAUCUUGGCAUAGUUUUGGUGUCGUGUUGUCGAGCAAAUCUUGAAAUAACUCAAACAACUUUCAAACUAUUCGGACGGAACUUGGUACGCAAGUGGGUUACUGGUAUGUGUAGCAUUAGACUCAUUUCCCUGGUUAAAAUAGCCGAUAAAGAAUAACGACAGGCGUUUACAUCCGCUCUAGAUGCUCUUAUUUUGUAACGCUUUUGUAUUAUUUAAAAGUACAGAUAUCGUAUUUAUGUGUGUUGGUCUGUAAAAAUUGAUAUAAAUACUGCAUUACAGUACAUAUUUAUAUCGCUGAGUCUAAUAUUGUUGCCAAGUCUGUUUUGAUUUUAUAUAUAGUUUACAAAAAAAAUAUUAUAUCGCCAAACGUCAUUUAAAUGAUACAUAUGUUGUAAUUUCAAUAAAUUGUUGUUUAGAGAAUCAAUUGUUUAGAGAUACAUUUAACUCAGAAUUACAGUUAAAGUAGUCUUGUCUUAGUUUUGUUGUAAAGAAAUUUGUAAACUUCAACUUCCGUCAAUUUUUGGCAAAGGAUUGCAUCAUUUAAAUACAAGCACAUUUUAAAUAGUUCACAUAUGUUGAAGCAGAAAGUAGCAUUGCCUUUAAUAGGCUAAAUAAUAUUUUCAUGCAUUUUCUAUCAAAAGAAAUUAACGUCACUUACUUGUUUGUUUACAUCGGUUGUGACCCGGUGAUUACCCAUGUGAGAACCCAUUUGAAGUCACGUGAUUCCUCACCCUGUAAAACAGAUAAAAGCUGUACACUGUCUUCCCUCACAUGUGAUUAUUUUUGGGAGGGGCACACAGUAUUUAAUGCAACUAAUAACUGCCAAUAUCAUUUGGGAACAUUAGAUAAAUACAAUAGUCUAUUGAAUUCGUUGAGUCGUUGGUGAGCUAUGUUUUUAGCGCCCCUCUAUAUUUACCUAAAUACCACGUGGUAGGUAUGAACGAGUUGUUCAUAAUGAGUUGCAAUACAUGCGUGCAAAACGCUUGCUUGAAGUAUUUAGGGGCAAACAUGUCUAGGGACACGUAUAUAAUACAAUAUGUAAUGUAAACGUACAAUUUAAAAUAUCUCUGAAGACUCAAAGGCUCUGCAAACCAGGCUUACAAUUCACUUCGAUAUUCGCAACUUUUUUGUUUAAAAAUAUUAAUUUUAGUGACUUAAGUUAACUAAAUAUUGUUACAAUACGUUUAAAAUGGCUGCAUUUUACAACUCAAAGAUGUUUAUUAGAGCUAUGUGGUAUUUCCCAAAGGUUUUAUCAUUUUUUUUUCAAUAAGAUGCAGAUCAUUUUAAACAGCAGAAGUAUGAUCUCCUCGAAUGCAUUACCUACUGCAUGCCCCUCAUAUAUCAAUGUGGACAAGUAUAUAUAACGUCACGUGUUAUUGUAUCAUAUUGAAUAUGUUUCCUUGUUAGCUGUUUUGAUGUUUACAAUGUAUUGUUUAUCAUGUGUUUUUUUAGUUUCUUAAUUUCAAUUGGUUGCAACAAGAAUUAGUAUU